GGUCAGAGUUGGGUGCAGCUCCACCGCUCCACCAGAGAAGGAAGCGGAGUUUCCGGCUGUUUGCAGCGGAGGGAGAGGAUUGCUGACGCCGCGAAACCCCGAGAAAAACGCAGCCAGCUCGGGGGGCUAACACUUUCUAGUAUCGGUAGUGGUCGUUUUCUUUAGUAUCGGGGGAUCUGGGGGCUGGUGAGUUUUUUUUACGAUCCGAGGAAGUCGGACAGCAAACCGAGCAAAGAAGCGGCACAAGGCGGGGGUGAGCCACCAGCUACCGGCAUGGCCAGGGACUACGAUUACCUCUUCAAGCUGCUCAUCAUCGGUGACAGCGGAGUUGGGAAGAGCAGUCUCCUCCUGCGAUUUGCAGACAACACGUUUUCAGGUAGCUAUAUCACCACGAUCGGCGUGGACUUUAAGAUCCGGACAGUGGAGAUCAACGGGGAGAAGGUGAAGCUACAGAUCUGGGAUACAGCAGGGCAGGAGCGCUUCCGCACCAUCACCUCCACAUACUACAGGGGCACGCACGGGGUCAUAGUGGUAUACGAUGUCACGAGUGCCGAGUCCUUCGUCAACGUCAAACGAUGGCUACAUGAAAUCAACCAGAACUGUGACGACGUGUGCCGAAUAUUAGUGGGAAACAAAAACGACGACCCCAACUCCAAGGUGGUCGAGACGACUGACGCGCAGAAGUUUGCAGAGCAGAUGGGAAUCAACCUGUUUGAGACGAGUGCAAAAGAGAACAUCAACGUUGAAGAGAUGUUCAACUGCAUCACCGAGCUAGUGCUAAGAGCCAAGAAGGAGGUGCUCGCCAAGCAGCAGCAGCAGCAACAGAACGACGUGGUCAAACUCACCCGGAACAGUAAACGAAAGAAAAAGUGCUGCUAGCAAACUCGAAGCCAUCCACAAAAAAAGGCCGGCGGCGUCUUUUUUUUUUUGUUUCUUUCUCCCAUCUUCACACAUGCAUAUACACAAGCUGGGACUCAGAGCAUCUAAAUUAAAGAGCAGAUAAAGAUUUAAUAAAUAUACGGUGAAAGAUGAAAAAAAUAAAUAAAUAAAAAAAAUGGAGGAAAAAUAAAAAGUCCCUUUUGGACAAACUAAUCAUGAAGACUUCAAAACAAGUGUACAGAUUUUAUUAGACGUCAGAUCAAGUUUUAUUUGGAAUUCAGCAGACGGGCACUAUUGACCUGAGGUCCUCCUUUGUUAAAGGAUCUGCAAGCUGACAAGUGAACACCAUAAUGCUCCGAUUUCUCUCCACAUAACCCCCACACUCAGUAUCUCAGCCCUCCUUCUCAUUCCACUGCACACGGGACAUUCAGGGUCACGUCAGACUCUGCGCCUGAGGAGGAGGAGGGUUUCACCUUUUUUCUGGAUUUUUUUUUUUUUUGUUUGUUUCUUUUAAUAAUUUUAUUUUUUUGGGGGGGAUGUUUGGUUGGUUGGGAGGUGUGUCUGAGUAAGAGUGGAGGUGUCACCACCUCUCUACAGUUUCAACAUUUCGGACACCUGUGUUACCACAGCUCACGCCAAGAGAUCAUGAACUGCUAGAUUUUUUUUUUUUAUUUGACUUGUUGCGGGGAGGGGGGGUCCCACAGAUGAUGAUGAUUGGUAGACGACCUAUAGCAACUAAUCCAUGGACAGAACUGGUGACUUCUGUUUUUUUUUUUUCUUUGUCUAUAUUUUGCCAAGCUUUCCCACCCUCUCCCCUCUAACCUCCAAUAGUGCUGAGCCAACAGUCUUUUUUUUUUUUUUUUUUCUUCUUCAUUUUUUUUUUGCUUUUUUUAAAGUGCAGCAGAGCAGUUGAACAGCUCCUGGAGCUCUGGGACGUCUGGCUUUGAAAGCACCAUUCACCAUUCAGUCUUACUACUGCUUUCAGAGUUUGCUUUUUAAAUCUUUUCCUCAAUAU